UAAGAAAUGUAAACGGUGUGAGAGUACUUUUCGCCUGCAUGACCGGCAAACUUUGUUUUCUCGGAAAAUAAGUAAAAUAAUCAGUUCAAGAUGGAAUGUUUGAUUGGUAUUCAAGGAAAAGACUUUGUAUUAGUCGCUGCUGACACUGUUUCAGCAAGAAGUAUCGUUUCUAUGAAACAAGAUUAUGAUAAAAUGUUCAAAUUAAAUGAUAAUUUGUUGAUGUUGGUAACUGGAGAAUCUGGAGACACAGUCCAAUUUGCAGAGUACAUUGGCAAAAAUAUACAACUGUACAAGAUGAGAAAUGGUUAUGAACUGUCUCCCAGUGCAGCCGCCAAUUUUACAAGAAAGAAUCUUGCAGAUUAUCUCAGGAGUCAGACACCAUACAUGGUAAACCUGUUGUUGGCGGGCUAUGAUAAGGAUGAGGGACCGUCCCUAUACUUCAUGGACUAUCUAGCCUCUCUCAACAAACUGCCAUUUGCUGCCCAUGGUUAUGGAGCUCUUUUCACAAUGAGUAUCAUGGAUAGACACUACUAUGAAGAUAUAACACUUGAGGAAGCCAAGGAACUCUUAUCAAAGUGUGUAAAUGAGAUUCGACAGAGGUUUAUUGUAAACAUGCCGACAUUCAAGGUUCGCUGCGUAGAUAAAGAUGGAGUUCGUGAUCUUCCCGAUAUAGUUGCAACGACAACACCCUCAUAACAAAUCUCAUUAUUCAUUAUUAAAAAGCAUUUUUUUCUAUCAUCGCCGCACUGACAUCUGACAUGCGAAAAAACUUCCCACACCAGUUUAGUCACUGAAAAUAAGUGUACUUUCUCUGAAGAUAUAGUUUGUUAAAUGUACUAGUAUGUUUCUUUUAAGAUAUUAGUGAGAAGGAAUUAACACUUUUUGGUUACGAAUUGCCGACAUGCGAAGCCCACUAUGAAUUAUUUUAAUUUGAUAAUGUAACUGUUACAAAACAAUAAACAAAUGCCAUUUUAAAAAAAAUUAAAGCACAUACUUCUUUACUGCUUAUACACAGCAAAUUUGCUGAAAAAUUAACAGGAAAAGUCUGAAUUUUCACCACAUUAUUUUCAGUGACCAUCUAGGUGUGGAGGAUGUCUUAGAUCAAUUGAAUUCAACUUAGAAAUGAAUUUGAGAUGUCAUUUUAGAGUAGACAUCUGUGAAUUGAUAAAGGAAACAGGAAUUUACUGAUUGACUAUCGUUUCAGAGUAACUUUAGAUCAAGCACCUCAGUAUGUUUUUGUUUAAAUGCACGAAAGGCCGAGUUUCUGCAGGAUUGAAAUAAUUUCAUCAGUUUAUUUCUGUUCAUUUCUACACAGCUGGUGUAAUUAUAAAAGUGUAUUGGAAUAUUAUGGGAACAAUAUUUACAAAAGCAGUUUCUUGACUGAUAUAAAUCUGUUGUUAAAACACAAAAAGUGCUGUAUUGUUGUAUGUGCUGACAAUUUCAAUCUUUUAAUAAAUUAUUGAACUUUCCAAA